AUGGCUGUAGAUGUUGGAAAGUCACCUUCUGAAGCCUCCCUGAGGGGGGUCACCGAGGGACAUGGUAGAUGGGACUGCACAGAGGUGGAGAUGGACCACCCUCAGCUAGCAGACAGCCUGCACCAGCUUCUGGGGGCAGAGGAGGUCACGUCCUGCCCGCAGGGCAUGGAGGGGGUGGCAGUGAGUGGAUGUAGUCGCUUGACCAUGGCUGUCACCCAGGGGAGCUCAAGCUACCGCUCAGAAGUGUCUCCAGCACCUGCACCCAAACUGCACAGAGCAAGGGCAAGCCUCCCAGAGACACAGACUUCACUUCACAGAGCCACUGAUGGUGCUGAUGUGCCUCAUCGUGGUAGCCACUGGUUCCUCUCCUCAGAGGAGCAGCAGCAGGCGAAGGCAUUGGGCUGUUGGGAGCCGGCGUGCAGCCCUCCCAGCCAGCACAGCUCUGCAGAGGAGAGCAUUCUUGCUGGCAGCUGCCACGAUGCCCUUGCCAGCCCGGGCAGAAGAGGGGGAGAUCAGUCCCCAUUUCCCUCCACCCCAGAGCUCCUGCGUCCCCCAACCCCCCCCAGCCCCGAGGGAGCCCUGCGGAGCCGCUCGGCGUCGUGCUUCUCGGCUCUGUCUUCCGAAGACCAGGGGCUCUCCGCAGAGCCCUCCGGGAGCCUGCUGACCAGCACAGCCCUGCCUUCGCCUGCAGCCGCCUCCCCCCGAGAGCUGGGCUGCGGCUGGGCUGGAGCAGAGGGCAGGGCACUGCGGCUGUGCAGCUCCCUCAGACCUCUGCUCGCCGGCCGCGGCGCGGCGGAGCGCGGCCGGGAGGUGUCGUCCUACCAAGCCAACUACUGGGCCUGCGCCAUCCCGGGCUCCUUGCCCCCUUGCCCGGACCGCCGCUCGCCCCGCUGGGACCCCAACAAGGAGUACGAGGACUUGCUGGAUUAUGCUUAUCCGCUGAAGCCAAGGUACAGGCUGGGAAAGGUGCCUGAGCCUUUCCUGCACGACUCAGGAAUAGGUCUGGACAGCUUUUCUGUUUCCCUGGAGGGUACCUCGGGUUCUACCAGCGUCUACGGCCGAGGUGGGCAGGCUGAGGGAAGUGCAAGGAAUGGACAUCAUAGGUCCCCGGCCUCUGCAGAGAGGUGCUCCACCCCACAGCUUGGACAAAGAGGCUGCUCAGGAGCUAGCUUGUGCUGUGAAGCUUCACCUGUUGCAGGAGAGUUUUCCUUCACAAGGAGGGCUUCCUCUCAUUCUUCUAGAGGUCCUGCUAAGGCCCUAACGUUGGAGUCACCCGGGCUGGGUUCGUCUGUCCCCCGUGUUGCAGAUGGUGGAAGCUGGAAUGCCAGAGGCAGCUCCUUCCCAAGCCACAAACGGCAGCUGAAAAGCACCCACAGGUUUUUACCCACCACAGGGGUGCUCCCCCUGAGGAAGGAUUGGGAUGCUGAUGAGGAAUUUCUCUCCCUGCCUCCAAAACUGCUGGAGCUGGAGGGGCUGGCUCAGUUCCUGUCCAGCCUUUCCCUGACUGUCAGGAUGCCUGUGCAUGCCCAUGGGAGCCCCUCACUGCUUCACACUGACAGCAGGCAGCCCCCUGCAGCCAGGGCAGCUCUGGGGCAAGAAGCCUGUGGCAGGGACAGAAGAGGGAAUGUUGGGGAUUUGGGGGGGCUGGGGCACCCCUGCAGCUCUCGCCAGCCCAGAUGGAAAAACACCGAACUGUGUGGCCAGAUCCAUAGGGAUUCUCUGCGGGGCCUUACUCUGCCAGCUGGACUCAGGGACACGUUGGAUGGGACAUACCUAAAUGAACCACGGGGCAAGGGACACCCAAAGAAGAGCCAGGAGGGUGAGUCCCUUGCUCAGUGCCUUAAGACGUUCUGCUGCCAGCUGGAGGAGCUGAUCCGUGGGCUGUACCACACCGUGGAGGUUGCUGGCAGCGGGGAGCCAGCCUCGCCCGGCGCCGGGGGCGUGAGGGCCUCGCUGCACCGCUACCUGGAAUUCAGGAAAGAUGUGGCCAACCACCGGAGCCUGACCGAGAGUGUGCUGGAGAGGGGAGAAGCUCUCCUGGACUGCCUGGCAGUGACUUCUCCAGCUCUGAGAGACACUCUGGGCUUGAUUGUGAAGCAGUCAGAAGAGCUGGAAGCCCAUGCAGAGCACUUGUAUGAGUCUGUCCUAGCUGCUGUGGGCAAGGACAGGGUGGAGGACAAGGAGGGACAACAGAGAGCUGCUCAGUGGGUGCUGCCUCUGUCAGACCUGGGCUUGGUUGAGCCCAUUCUGGGACGGCUGAAAACUCCAGCAAGCACCAGAGCACCUCUUCCACAGAUGCCAAAUGCCUGUAAUCCUUGUUUGGAGCCAGCCAGCCCAGGCUGAUUUCAGGGUGGGUUUUGUGUCUUUUUUUUCCACUGUGGCCAGCUGUAGGUCAGGUUAAAGGAGCUGAGUGGGUUGGGGAGUUUGGUGAGGGU